UCUUUCUAUUUUCGUCGAUCGAACACACAAUACUGUUCUUCAGUUCCAGAUUCCAUAGUGAAAGAAGAAAAGAUAAAGAGCUUCUACAUUUGAAGUUGGUAAAAUUCUUGCGAGAUUCAUCGAAGAAUCGGAAUAUUGGUAAGAGGACACCACAGCGGCGGUUGACGAAUGUCGGGUGGCAGCAGUUUCCGGCAGUCUAAACAGAGCCGAGGGAGAUCGGUGUUUCCACAUCCAUUGCAAUUUGGAGCGAUUUUGCUCAUACUCUUACCUAAUUUCUUCCCCAGCCUCUUCUCUCCGCUAGGCCGCUCUUACCUUUCUCUAUUUUCCGAAUGGAUUGCUCCAAGGCCAAUGCACUUGCAUUUACUAAAUGGAGCUCUACAACAUCCAAGUUCUGCUGAACAAGAAUCUGAUCUGUGGUCUCCUUUGCCUAAUCAAGGAAGGAAGCCUUGUGCUGCUCAAAAUAACCCUUCUUUGCCAAAGAAGUCUCUGGGAUAUAUACAGGUGUUUCUUGAUGGGGGUUUGAACCAGCAGAGGAUGGGGAUUUGUGAUGCGGUAGCUGUGGCAAAAAUUUUAAAUGCAACCCUCAUAAUUCCUUACCUUGACAUAAAUGCUGUGUGGCAAGACUCAAGUUCAUUUGAGGAUAUAUUUGAUAUUGAUCAUUUUAUCCAAACAUUGAGGGAUGAUGUCUCCAUAAUUAAAGAGCUUCCAAGUGAUUUCUCGUGGAGCACCAGGGGGUACUAUGCAACAGGCAUACGUGAAACUAGAAUCAAAACAGCACCUGUCCAUGCUUCUGCUACUUGGUAUCUGGAAAAUGUUUUGCCAGUAAUGCAGAGUCAUGGGAUUGUUGCUGUAGCUCCGUUCUCUCAUCGCUUGACUUUUGAUGGCUUGCCUUCAGACAUCCAGCAUCUACGUUGCAAAGUUAACUUUCAGGCACUGGUUUAUGUUCCACAUAUCAGGACAUUAGGGGAUUUAAUUGUCAGUCGCUUGAGAAGCUCUCCUAGCAUGGAUGGAACAUCAACUUCCAUGUAUCAAAGAGGCAAUGACAAACCAGGAGUUGGGAAAUAUGUUGUAUUGCAUCUUCGAUUUGAUAAAGAUAUGGCAGCCCACUCAGCUUGUGAUUUCGGUGGAGGUAAGGCUGAGAAGCUUGCUCUUGCAAAAUAUCGCCAAGUACUUUGGCAAGGAAGAGUGGUCAAGUCUCAAUUCACUGAUGAGGAAUUAAGAAACGAAGGGCGUUGCCCAUUGACUCCUGAAGAGAUUGGACUCCUGUUGACUGCCUUGGGUUUCAACAACAGUACACGUCUUUAUCUUGCUUCCUAUAAGGUUUAUGGUGGAGAAGCAAGGAUCUCUACACUUCGUGAUUUGUUCCCGCUAAUGGAGGAUAAAAGGAGCCUUGCAUCUCCAGAGGAACUAGCUGGGGUUGAAGGAAAAGCUUCUUUAUUAGCUGCUGUGGAUUAUCAUGUGAGCAUGCAGAGCGACAUCUUCAUUUCUGCUUCUCCCGGCAAUAUGCACAAUGCAUUGGUGGGGCAUCGAGCAUUUAAGAACCUGAAAACCAUUAGACCAAACUUGAGACUUCUGGGCAAACUCUUCGUAAAUGAGAGCAUGGAGUGGUCAGAGUUCCGCCAAGCAGUACUGCACGGUCACAGGAACAGACAAGGGCAACUGCAGAUACGCAAAACAAACCAAUCGAUAUACACUUAUCCUGCUCCUGAUUGCAUGUGUCCUGCUUAAACAAUCCCUUCAAGGAGAAUGCGCUUUUCUUGAUCACAAUACUCAAGUAGUGUAGAUAUGCAUACGUUUGUUGGGCUCAGAUUUUGACUUUCAAGUUUAUUUGAUCAUGAGCCUAAAACAGCUGUAAGAACGAAUAAAGCUUGAAUGGCAAGAGAAUUUCAUUUGUUAUUGCCAA